CGCCGAAGCGGGUAGAGCUUGCCAAAUGCAUGAGACUCUGAGAACGAAACUCGCAGCCAGGCUGCCAGCACUCCAGCUUUGACUUCAGCCUCCCAAAUCCCCUUUCACACUUGCCUUCACCUACCACCCCCACAAAAAUCAUUACUCUCUCCAACACAAAACAUUAAAAAAAGAAAAAGACUCUUACAAUGUAGUCAAAAAGGGCCGUGUUAACCGUGGCUUCAACUCACGAUUUCAGUUCAUACGCAAAAAAUAUGGUGUGUACCAAACAGAAUUUACCAUUUGAUUAGCAUCCGUUGAAGACAUCGCUAUUUUGAGUAUUGACCAGUCAUCCUCCAACUCCAAUUCUUUUAUUCAUUUAAUUAAUAAACCAAACAACGACAACAAAGACUUGUUCAUUUCUCUUGGUCUUACUUCUUACCUGUAUUUAUUACCUAUAUGAAAAGAGAGGAAAAAAAAAAAAAAACUAUUAGUCCGUGAUUUUGAGGAGCGGUUUUUGCUUUGAAUGAUCAAAGAAGAAGAAUGAGCAGUAGCAAGAAUAAGAAGAUGGAAGAGCAGAAGGCGGCGGUGAAGGCGGCGAUUGAGUCGGUUGGGUUGGGCUACGAUUUGGCGGAGGAUUUGAAACUCAAGUACUGUAAGAGGAGCUCGAGGUUGAUCGUGAUUGACGACGAUCAGGUUCGUGACUUGGUGGUCCCGGCUGGAAUUGCAGUUCGAAAUGUUCCUAAGUCCAUAAAGUGUGAUAAAGGCGAGCGUCUUAGGUUUGCUUCUGAUGUUCUCUCUUUUCAACAGAUGUCUGAGCAGUUUAACCAGGAACUAUCUCUUUCUGGUAAAAUUCCGUCGGGUCACUUCAAUGCUGCAUUUGAAUUCACUGGAGGCUGGCAGAAAGAUGCUGCCAACACUAAAUCCCUUGCAUUUGAUGGUGUAUCCGUCACACUCUACAACAUUGCACUAGAAAAAUCACAUGUGGUAUUGCAUGAUCAUGUUAAACAAGCUGUCCCAUCAUCAUGGGAUCCUGCUGCAUUGGCAAGGUUUGUUGAGAAGUAUGGUACACAUGUCAUAGUUGGUGUGAAGAUUGGGGGAAAGGAUUUAAUAUAUGCAAAGCAACAGCAUUCAUCAAGUCUCCAACCUGCUGAUGUACAGAAAAAGUUAAAAGAUAUGGCAGACAAAAUGUUUGUAGAUGGGACUGGACAGUACAACGUGUAUUCAAAUGAGAGGCCAAAGCUUACGCAGGGUCUUCCCUUCAUGGACACAAUUCAAUCAGGUUCUUACUACUAUACUGAGAUGCAGGAUAUUAAAUUCGCUUGCAAGAGGAAAGGGGGAAGCUUGAAUAAAACUCUAUCCCACAAUGACUGGUGUCAGACAGUUCAGUUUGAACCUGAUGUGAUCUCAAUGUCAUUUGUCCCAAUCACGUCAUUGUUGAAUGGAAUAAAUGGUAGCGGCUUUUUGAGCCAUGCCAUUAAUCUGUACCUCCGUUAUAAACCACCAAUUCAGGAACUUCAUCAGUUUUUGGAGUUUCAACUUCCAAGGCAAUGGGCACCAGUACUUGGUGACAUUCCCCUUGGUCCAGAUAGGAAGCAGAGUACUGCAUCAUUACAGUUCAGCUUCAUGGGUCCUAAGCUCUAUGUUAACACAACUCCAGUUGAUGCGGGUAAGAAGCCAGUGACUGGACUUCGACUCUAUUUGGAAGGGAAACGAAGCAACUGCCUAGGGAUCCACUUGCAGCACCUUUCCUCACAGCCAAAAACCUUUCAACUCCUGGAUGAACCUAAUGGCAAGGCCUCUUAUCUCUCAUCUGAUCGCAGGUACUAUGAGAAGGUUCAGUGGAAGAGCUUUUCUCAUGUCUGCACAGCCCCUGUCGAGUCUGAUGAUGAUCUCUCUGUUGUCACUGGGGCAUACUUUGAAGUAGGAGACUCUGGAUUGAAGAAAGUUUUAUUCUUACGGCUUAAUUUCUCUAAAGUCAUUGGUGCCAUUGCUGUGAAAGCUCCUGAAUGGGAUGGUUCCCCUGGCUUGGCACAAAAAUCUGGAAUAAUCUCAACACUGAUCAGCACUCGUUUCUCAAAUGCUCAAAAACCGCCUCCUCGGCCUGCUGAUGUGAACAUAAACUCUGCUGUCUAUCCGGGGGGCCCUCCAGUGCCAACCCAGACACCUAAGCUUCUAAGGUUUGUUGACACAACAGAGAUGACAAGAGGACCACAGGACUCACCUGGGUACUGGGUUGUGUCUGGUGCAAAGCUUUCAGUUGAUAAGGGUAAAAUCUCUGUAAGAGUCAAGUAUUCUCUCUUGACUGUGAUUUCACCCGAUGAAGACGUCCCAGGGGAAUUCUAAGCAUGGUUCAAUUUUUUUCUGAAAAAGGAGGAUUGUUAGGGAACAAGAAAUACCUUACAUUUUAGAAAGGAAAGGGCUGUAAUUGGUUAGGUUCUCAUGCAGGGUAGGGUUUGUGCUGGAAGAUUUUAUGAGCUGGUUGGUUGUAUAUAAAAUUUCUUUAUUCAAUUUGUGUAAAUUUUGCUUUA